AUGGACGCCCACGAGCACGGUGGACGUCGGUGGCUCAAUACGAACGACUCUACAUGGACGCCCGGGUCGUGGAAGACCUUGGGUAUGCGGACGACGUGUAAGGAGGCCGACGACACGGCGAAGGACGAGACGGUAGAUGACCCUAGGACAUCAUCCGAAACAGCGUUUACAGAUCAAUGCAUGGCCUCUGAUGCUGUGUUCUUCGGUGCCGACCAAGACGCCCAAGGCAGGAGCCGCGGCCAGGUGAACGGAACACUCGUUUUGGACCUUUGUGCCUGGGAUACGCACGCACUUGCCACACUAGUGUUGGCAAUUAUGGCUCAAGAAGUGAGUGGCUACAAAGUAUCCCUCAGCAAAAGUGGCGUGGAUGUGGACAUAACCGAGCGCAUGUCGUCUGUUGGAUCAGUCUGGACAUCCAGUACAAUGUCGGACCUGCGGGUUUACUUCAACGAGUCCUACCAAGCCGGGAACGUAGGCUACUACGGACUUUCAGGAGUCUACACGACCAAGAAGUUUGUAUAUUUUUGGAAACACUACAAGCUUAGCGAUGACCUCAUCAACGCACUGAGCGUCGUGUCAUUCAAGGCCAACUCAAAGUAUUACCCUCCAGCAGACGAUUUCUGCCCCGACGGCACCAUGGGAUGCAAAGACAACUGCGAAAAGACGGAGGCAUGCACGCAGCGUGAGUUGAAUGGGCAAGACUGCCUCAUGCUAGCGCUGAUGGUCCCUGGUUACGACCAAGGUUACUUCCAGGCUGUCUUCGCCAAUCUCAAUAUCCCCGCCUACUUUUUGAACCAAUUUGCAUCGGAUGCUGCGACCAACGGAACGCCCGCGGUCUUUUACCACUACGAGCCUGAUCUAUUCCACGUGACGCGCAAGGGUUUGUUCACCCGAGUGGGUCUUCCUCGAACUGACCCUGCGCGUGUGAAGCUCGCCACGGGGGAUUAUGGCGAGCACGGAUUCGGUAAAAAGACGGACAAUCCUGUGGAUGUGGACUACCCGAGCCUGCCCCUCUCAAAGUUUGCUGCAUCCAUAGUGAAAGACCUGCCGAUUGGCUCGUUAUUCUCCAAGCUAUCGCUCUCCGAUACAGAUAUCAACGACCUUCUGACUGAGUAUAGCAUCGCCAUGAGCGACGCAGCCGAACCCGAGCCAUAUUUUCGAGCUGCGUGCAACUGGGUGAAAGCGAACUACGAUAUCUGGAGCGACUGGCUGGACCGGCUCCCUUUGUGCACGUUUGAAGACCAUAUCGUCAGCCACGUGACGGGGUGUGAAAACGGCAGUACCGUUCGCAAUACGUCGCUACCGUACAACUGCGACGGAGGUGUGGCCGCACUACCCGCUACAAUUGCCACUAGCCGAUCCUGUCAGUGGAUCUCUGACAACAGCCGGGUCUGGGCCGGCUGGAUCGAUAUGAAACCCGAAUGCGACUCCACCUUCUACGACUACAAUGUCUCGCAAUGUGACUCGACCGCCCAUCGCACGAUGCUCGCCAUUUUCUACGUGGGGGACAUUGUCAUCUUCGUUGGAUGGUACGCCGCAGACUUCCCUGAGCCCACCGUCACAACGGAAGAAGCUUCCGAGUUCCGCGGCGAAGUCGACCGAAUCUCGUGCUGCUCUUCCAGCUUCAUCUUCACGGCAUUGCUGAUCUUCUGGAAACUGAUUUUACUCGUACUGGGGCUCUACUUGUCGUUCCUCAUCCGAAAUGUAUCAGUGGAUUUUCAGGAAUCUCCGUGGAUUUCUGGCUCGGUUGUUGUGGUCCUAGUGGGCUGCCUCCUCAUCAUGCCGAUGUCGUAUCUAGUCCAGAUGCCCGCGGCGACGUACUACGUAUUUCUAGCGUGUACGCUGCUCAUCUGCACAGUGUUGAUCAUGGGUUUGAUGCUUGUGCCGAAGAUAUUCCGACCGAAGGAAGUGGCUACGGCCAGUUCUGGGAGCUCGAAGAGUGUGGACACCUAUUAA